AUCUUGACAACUUCAAAACACAGUCGGUGAGGAGUGCAGUCAACGUCCGUGAGGGCCAAGGAGUGGUUCUUUUAUGUGGAGCCCCCCCACAUUCUGGAGAGCUGACAUUUGCAUGGAUCUUCAAUGAAUACCCGUACUCCGUCCAACAAGACAGCCGAAGGUUCAUCUCUCAGGAGACCGGCAGCCUGUAUAUAGCCAAAGUUGAGCCCUCAGAUGUGGGCAACUACACCUGUGUGGUUAACAACACUGUCACCAAGCAGAAGGUGCUCAGCUCUCCAACACCCCUGGUCCUCAGGAGUGAUGGUGUAAUGGGCGAAUAUGAGCCCAAAAUCGAAGUUCAUUUUCCCGAUUCGGUUCCCGCUGCAAAAGAAUCGGUGGUCAAACUGGAAUGCUUUGCUCUAGGAAACCCUGUCCCGGAAAUAAGCUGGAGGAGAACUAGUGGUGUCCCUUUUCCCAGCAAAGUCAAAAUGAAGAAUUCAAACGCCGUCCUUGAAAUCCCUAAUUUUCAGCAGGAAGAUGCAGGGACCUAUGAAUGUAUAGCAGAGAACCGGCGGGGCAAAAAUGCAGCUCGGGGUCGCAUUUCUUACCACGCUAAACCUCAGUGGCUCCAGACAAUAACAGACACGGCCGCGUCCAUUGAGGAGAACCUCUUCUGGGAGUGUAAGGCCAAUGGAAAGCCAAAACCAUCCUACAGCUGGCUGAAGAAUGGCGAGCAAAUGAUGGCUGAGGGCCGGGUACAAAUCGAAAACGGAGCCCUUUCCAUAACUGCGUUAAACCUGUCAGAUUCCGGGAUGUAUCAGUGUGUGGCUGAAAACAAACAUGGCAGUGUUUAUUCCAGUGCCCAGCUAAUGGUGUUAGCUUCAGCUCCAAGUUUCUCCAAAAGUCCAUUAAAGGCCUUGCUAAAAGCUCGCUCAGCCAGCGAAGUCACUCUUGAAUGCAAGCCUCAGGCCUCGCCCCCAGCAAUUAGCCUGUGGAAGAAGGGGAAUGAGAUCCUGCAAAGAACUGAAAGGAUUACCUUGUUUCCAAAUGGAACUUUAAAGAUCGCCAAUGUAACGAAACGGGACGCAGCUAGCUACACGUGCAUUGCCAAAAAUAGGUUUGGAACAGCAAGCACAACUGGGAGGCUCCUCGUCACCGAGCCCACCAGAAUCACCAUGAGGCCCACGAACAUGGAGAUUAUUGUUGGCGAGAGCAUCGUGCUGCCCUGCCAGAUUGCCUGCGAUCCAGCUCUGGACGUCUCUUUCUCAUGGGCAUUCAACGGGCAGCUCAUCGACUUCCAGCGAGACCGCGAUCAUUUCGAAAGAGUGGGCGGGAGUAUAUCGGGGGAUCUCAUGAUCCGCAACAUCCAGCUGAACCACGGUGGGAAGUAUGUAUGCGUCAUCGACACAGAUGUGGAGAGCCUGUCCACCUCUGCGAUCCUGGUUGUCAAAGGUCCUCCGGGCCCUCCGGACAAAGUUGCAGUGGAGGAAAUCACAGACAGCACAGCCCAGCUGUCCUGGACACCAGGAAGAGACAACGGCAGCCCUAUAACGGGUUACAUCAUUCAGGCCCGGACACCAUUCACUGUGGGCUGGCAGGCCGUAGAUACAGUCCCGGAGGUUGUCAAUGGCAACAUGCUGACGGCCACUGUGGUCGGUCUGAACGCUUGGGUGGAGUAUGAGUUCAGGGUGGUGGCCCGGAAUGUUGUGGGCCUUGGAGAGCCGAGUCCAGCUUCAGCCAAGACCAGGACAGAAGAUGCCAUUCCUGAUACAGCUCCCACUGAUGUCGGGGGUGGAGGCGGCACAAAGUCUGAAUUAGUGAUAACAUGGGAGCCUUUGCCCGAGGAACUGCAGAAUGGGGAAGGCUUCGGCUACAUCAUCGCCUUCAGAUCCGUGGGCACCGUCGCGUGGACGCGGGCGGUCAUCUCCACGCCCGGCGUAUCCCGUUACGUCCUCCGCAACGACACCAUCCCGCCCUUCUCGCCUUUCGACGUCAAAGUGGCGGCCACUAACAACCGCGGCGAAGGGCCGUUCAGCUCCAUCGCGACGGUGUACUCAGCAGAAGACGUCCCCAGUGUGGCUCCUAAGAGGGUUAGGGCCAGAAGUUUGUCGGCAGCAGAAAUUGAAGUGAUCUGGGAAACUCUCCCUUCCCUCCCAGAAAGAGUUCUGGGAUAUGAGGUUGUGUAUUGGGAAGAUGACACCAAGCCUGACACUGUUGGCAAAGUGCGUAUAACUGGAAACUACACACAGGUUAACAUCACGGGGCUGAAAGCGAACACGGUGUACUACCUCUCUGUGGCUGCCUUUAACACUGCUGGGCCCGGGCCGCAGUCAGCGCCCAUCAACAACACCACAAGAAAACCACCACCAGACAGGGCUCCGCUCAACAUACAAUGGAGCAUGAUUGGCUCCACACUAACGCUGCACUGGGACCCUGUAGUUGCCAUGGAGACAGAGUCAAAGGUGACUGGAUAUCUGGUGAUUCUGAAAAGACAUCGAUACAACGACAUCCACACCAUCUUCACAAACAAAACCACAGCUGAGCUCAGCCUCUCAGCCAGCGACAACUAUCUCAUUCAGAUCAAGGUCCUGAGCGAAGGUGGGGAAGGUGUGGGCAGCGAACCCAUUCACAUCCAUAAAUUAAGCAUGGGAGCGCGGGGUUCUGGAGCCAGCAGUCUCAGAUGGUUGUCUUGCUCCACAAUCCUCGUCAGUGGACUUUUGUUUUCUGUCUGGUGAUGUCAAGCCUCCGCCCUUCUUUUUUCAUCCAUACGGAUUGUCCCAUGUUGAAACCCCCCCACUGGACUAAAGUCCAUGUCUGAGAAGAAAAACUGGGAGAGAAAGGGAAAAGGACUAGAC